AACACAGUGUGGAAAAGCUGUAGAAAGCUAAGCCUGAUGCGUACAGUGCUAAGAGUCUUUGUAGUUUAAAUGGACUACAGAGACCAUCAAAGCAGGCACUGGCCUCCUCUGGUGAUGAUGGUGAGAUUUUCCUUUAAAAAAAUAGAGGAAGACAUGCCCAUGUUGGUGCAGAGUGCUGAGGAGAGUGAGAGAGUGAGCAAGCAGAGGGUGUUAAUUCACUCAUGCUCCUGCGUCCUCAACUGUUAAAGGGACAGUUCCUGUUUUUCCUCUCUCAGGAUGUCUGACAGUAAAUCAGCAGAAAGCAACCUGUUAUCUGUGGACUUUGAAAUCUUUGGUCACGUUCAAGGUCUGUAUGUUUAAUCCUCCUCCUCCCUCUUCUUCUCCUGUUUUCUGCUGUGCUGCGUCAAGGCUGUAAACUGAUCUCCUGGAUCCUAAUUUAGGAACAAGUGCUGGUCUGCUGCUGCUGCAGGCGGGACAGGAUCUGCCUGCAUGCUCACUUCCUGCAGCUCUGAUAUUUUAGCAUGCGAAUAAAUGUAUUAUUGAUAUCUUUUCACAGCAGUCUUUGGGGGAAAAGAUCUAUAACAUUUAGAGAAGAAAUGUACAUAUGCUUGAAGGCUUCAUUUGUGUUUUAACCAGAUAGUAUUGAUUUUUGUUUGCUGUUUUCAAAAACAUACAUGAAGUCAUUCUUUAUUCUUUCUCUCUUUCUCUCCAUUGUUGACAGGGGUCUGUUUCAGAAUGGUGAGUUUCUUCAAAACUGUUUGCUCCAUUUAGUACCUUCAUCGCUUUUACCAUAUUUCCAUUCAGUAACACACAUUUCCAUUAAACAACCUGCAACCUUUGGACUUUUUAUACAAUAGUUUAUUAAACUCUCUAAACUUCCAGAGUCUCUAAUAAAGCUUACAACCAAGUGGGUUAUUUGUUUCCAUGUUACUCAAAGAAGCAUUAACAAAACUAUCUCCUCUAAUGGAUGACAAGCCUCCAAAUACUGACACAUAUGGAUAAAUGGUCGCACAACAUCUUAUACGAUCACUUUAGUGGCUGACAAGGUAGCACCUGUCCAAAUUAUUCUUUUAUAGGAGAAACAUCAAUUUGUAUCAUUUGAGCCAAUGUGCAACUUUAAAAACACACACAAAACUCAAAAGUAACACAGCAGCAGAAAUGUGCUGCAAAUGAUGAAAAGAUGCUGAAAAAAGGCCAAAACAAUGGUAUUAACAGCAAAUUCUGCAAAUGAUAGAAACUGCAAAUAUUUUUUUUUAUUAAAGUUUGGCAGACUUGGAGUAACAGGUUGAAUAGUGGAGGUAAAGAUGAAGAAAAAGGAAGGAUGGUUUGAUAUUGGGUUUUGACAUUUAUGGGGCUGGGAGAAAGGACUGGGAGAGAGGUUAGGGGGAUUUGAUGGAAUAUCUGCAUUAUCUCUGUUUACCUGAGCUGGUUUCUGUAAGGCUGCUUGAGGAGACCUAACUGCUAACAUGAAUGUAACCUCAUAACCUGAUGCUGGGCAGAGAAAUUUAGUCUUACCCCCUAGCUAUGCAGCUAACUCUAGGCCCUAGAGUAUUGCAGAGUAUCAGCAGUACACAAUCAGUAUAUGAUUCAGAACACAGCCCAGCAUCUGGUCUCUGGCCAGCCUGAAACAGAACAUUAUUCACCGGUCUCAGUAAAUUCCAAACCCUACUUCUUGCUUAUCGAGCAGUGACUUGAAUACCUAAUCUACAUAGGCAGGAUCUGCAGAAGAGAGCUCUUGGUACUCCAAUCACAACAGGCCACAAGUCACUAGCUAACUUCUAAUUCUCUGUUGUCAUCUAACACCAUUCAAUACACAGAGUCCAUUUGUACCCCUAUGAAAAAGCUGAAAACUCUGCUCUUCAGGGGACACUUAAUAUGCACUUAAGCUAGACUCUUUUCCUCUGUAGUCCACUGAGGAGGAACAAGUCUGCUUAAUGACAUUUUAAACAGCAUUAAAGAGAGUUUCAGACCCAGCUUUUUGUGAACAACUCUACACUGAGAUGUUUGAUGCAGGAGUUAAUGUUAAUAACAAUGGCACUGAUGAUUAUGAUUUCAUAAAGAUGAUGAUGAUGAAUAAAAUACAAUAAACAAAGCAAACACCACCUGCAUUGCUCUUGCACAGCUGUGUCCAGUUCGAGGAGAAGAGGUUUGCAGUGCUUACUCAUGUUUUUUUCCCCUGCCUUGCUGGAAAGAGCCUCUGCUAAAUGAAACUGUGACAGCCCAACAGAGAAAUUCUUGCUAGGCUUUUCCCUAGCAUCCUGGAGUUACUACCUUUGACCCCCUACACAGGUCACUGAAAAUGAGGAGAGGGCUUUACCCGACCUCCUCUCGACUCCUUGUAUUUGCAGCAUGUUCUCCAAAUGAAGAGCCUUUGUAACUUUCCUUCUUGAUCUCAGGACCAAAAUAAGGUUUUUCAAAAGAAUUUCCCAAAUCCAGUUAACUGUUUUCUCUUUUCCAAAUUACUGAAGAUUGGGCCAUAUAUCGCUGAUUUUUCAACCAGUGAAAAUUCAGAAGAGACUCAGCGCUGAGCCCUUUUUGUCUGUGUCUAACUUUGGGUUACUUUUUUAUGAUCAAAGAACCAGGAAUUCCUUCAUGAGUCUGUUUUUCACAAUGUGCCCAUUUCCUUUUUGGCAACAGUUGGGUCUGGAGCUCAAAUGCUGUCGUAAUUCUAAAUUGUAAUGUUCUAGAUGACAAGAUGUGAAAACAAAGGUAGCAGCUAUUACUCUCUCUGCACACUGCCUUUUUAGCUUUUAUCCUCCUGUAGUUCUCCAUCCGUGCACUGUUUGGACUGUGUUUGAGGUUUCCCCUGCCAGUGUGUGGACUGGUUUACUGUUGCUGCUUUUGAACAUAACCUUUCUGCAUACAUGUCUGCUUAUUAUCCAAACUCAUGGAAUCAGUUUUUGGCUGUCCAUGUUUACAAGACUGAAUCAUACCAGUAUGCCCAGUAUUAAUCUCUUCCUUUCUCCCUACAGUACACAGAGAAGGAGGGUCUACAGCUGGGGCUGGUGGGCUGGGUGAAGAACACUUACAGUGGGACAGUGGUGGGACAGGUCCAGGGUCCUGCGGACAAGGUGGAGGAGAUGUGAGUAACACCAAGUGAAAUACAACCAAGUGACAAACCUCUAUCACUGGCAGACUGAGCCGAAGCAGAAGUGGAUCUGAAUAUUUUUUCCUUCAGUGUUCAAGAGUGACCUUUAGUUUUGCAAACUACUUUUUUUGCAGUGGCUUUUUUAUUGAAUCAGCCACUAGAUGGCACUCUUCCCCUUCCAACAAACCUCACCAGCCAGCACAGCUGUAGUUUGGUGUUAUGUCACACAGAGAGCUGCAGCCUCUUCAGGUUUCUUGUCCAGUCAUGUCCUAACUCUUGAGGAGGACAGUUUCUCUUGGUUUCCUUUUACAAAAGCUGGACACAAACCUCAUCAGCGUCACUGCAGGAUGCUGUGUUUGAAGAUAGUCCUGGUUCAUUUCCUUCACUCUCCGUGUUCUCUCUUUUCCUCCCUGUUAACUGUAUGGACAGCUCUAAUCAAUAAUCAAUCAUCAGACUGAAGCCUGAGCUCAGUUCGUCCCAACUCUCUCUCUGUCCAAUAUGAAUAAUGUCCGCAGGGUGUGGACGUCCAGUUCAGAUGACAUCACUGCCUCAAGGGACACACAUGAAACUACAUACAAAGACAGACACACUAAUGAGAGUGAAUUAGUGAUAUCAUUCUUGGUGUUGGUUUUCAAACCCUUGUAGCCUCAGGCGGGUGGAGUUUAGUAAUUCAGCUGCCAGCCAAGAGCUGUUUAAGAAAAAAGAUGUCAUUUUUUAAAUAGGUUUAAAAGAAGGAUUACGUGUGAAGAGUAAUUAAAAAUGAAGUUAAUGUAGUAUAAAUGCUUCCAGGGUGGACUCUAUUAUAACAGCAGCACAGCAGCUGUCAUUAACAAUGAAAUAAAAAUGAAUUUAAAGCAUUUCUUUACAGGAUUACAAAGGGCUUCACACAAAAGCUUUUAAAAAGUUAUAAUUCAGGGCAAUUUUGCCUUUAUUCAGUAUGACAGCUGAAGAGAAAGAUGAUGUGCAGAGUGGAGGGUGGGGGACAUGCAGCAAAGCAUUUUGACAUGGACUUAAACCACUGUGAGGAGGACUAUAGCCUCUACAUGUGAGACACUGAAACCCUUUGGCCAUCAUCUCGCCAACCUUAUUUUUUUAUUACGUUAAAGGAGAUAUAUGACUGAAUAUAGAGAGGUGUUUAGUCCAAUUAAAAACAGCGGAGAAAGGCAGGGGAUGUCAAAGAUACAAAACCUGUUGGCUACAACGCAGAAAUCGAUCCAAUUAAAGAUGGAAACAGAGCUGGCCACUGUCGUCAUAACAUUUUUUUUACAUUUUACACUGAAUCAAACAUUCAUUUAAAAGUCAAUCAUUUAAACCUUAAACUUCUGUAAAAGCACCUGAGAGGAACUUUUGCUUUAUGUCAGUUUUGAUGCCCUCAUGUUAACAAAGCAGUCUUUGCUUACCAUGCCAAACAGUGUCUUGACGAAAAUCUUAUCCUGCUGACUCUGAUGCUCAAAUGUAUUAUUUACUUUUAUGUGGACAUUGUAAAAACAGGGCUGUUUCCUCAGCAGACACCUAACCCCUCACACCUGACUUGGGCAUCCAAGGUUACAAACAAAAAAAAAAUCAAGCCAUCUGAAUUUCGGUCUAUUAUAUAGAUGUUAAAAAAACCUCUAACAGGAGCUUUAAUUUUGUAUUUUCUGUCCUGUUGUCAUUUUCACAUCAUUUCACUUCACACACAAUGCAGCACUGUGGCAGCAGACACCUGAGCAGUCAUGUCAACUGUGAAUUACACGGCUGUUAAAGUCUGCUGUUCUACAUGAUCGAUACUAUAAAGGGGACAAAGAGUCAGUUCGAGCUGAGCCAAAUGAUUUGGACCACUAAAAAAAGCCUGAAUUACCAUCACUAGUUUUUACCUGAGGUGAGGAAGGAUCCAAGCUCUACUCUUAAAAUAAAUCACUUGAACAUGAGAUCUAAAGUAACUGUAAAAUAAAAAUAAAAUACAGAGAGAAAAAUGUCACAGAUGAGGCUGAAAGGCCUGGUCAGGGUCCAGUGCUGAUCCAUGUAGUUCUGUUAACCAUGUUUUACCUCACCAUCAUUGGAAAUGUUCAGUUUAAUAUGAAUAUAGUAGCAAAGUAAGCCCAUUUUCAAACAGAGUCACAGAGUCUAUAUUAACUCUAACUAAGAGCUAAAUAAUAGUUGAUUUGAGCUUGAAGAGCUAAUAAAUCAUUGAUAACCUGGCUGUUCCUUUUAUUCACACUCUGAUUCACACCCUUCCCCAUUAAAGAGAUUAAACAUACUCAAAUAUUUCCGUUCAUUCUUUCAGCCAGCUUUUCAAUGUUAACGCGCUCACACUCACGUCCUUCCUGUAAACUCCACUUUCACCACGACCUCACUUCCUGCUGGGCCUGGGAAACAGGAAGCAGCUGCUCCUCUGGACAGGGCAGGGAGGAUGAUAUAAUGGAUAGAGGUAAGAUGGAGAGAGCAUGAGGACUAUAGGAGAGGAGAAGGAAUGUAUGGAAAAGAGGGGAGGAGAAAAAUGAACAGAGGAAGUCAAAAGAACAGGACUAGGCAGAUGUAGGAGGAGAGAAAUGACGAGCUGCUGGUGGUGGUGGGAGGUAAACGUGUGGGUGGUUUCCUUUUUUUCCUCUUGAGAAGAAAAUCCUGGAGUUCUGUGAGAAAAAAAAGAGGAACAGAAAGAAAUAAUUAAGAUAGAAGAACAAAAAUCUGUGAUAAAGAUGGAGAGAAAAAAUAAAGUUGCUGAUGUGACUUAGAUUAUAUUCAUAUAGAGGCAUCUGUCAUCUAUUCGAAUGUCAAAAAUUGGGAAUGUUUCCAUUUUAGUUUUUUUAUUGUAAUAAGCUGUACACAAGUGUUAAACUUAGAUGAACAUGUUUUAAUACUGUGCACGCUAAGGGUUGAGUGUUUUCUGGACUUAUAGAUGGUAAAAAUAUAAUUUUCUUACUCUUUCCUUAAUUUACAAUGCUGCUCCACAUGAUCUUAAUUGCCUGAUAUUCUCCUCAAGCCCUGAUAUUAAAGUCGUGUUUACACAUUCUUAAAUUCAAGGUCUACAGUAUGGCACAGAGGUUUUUGGGCAGGUCUCACUCUUUGGAAAGAUAUUGGCAUCAGUGAGAGUGCAGUUAUAUGUGCUACUUGCACAGUGUCAGCAGUGUGAGGCGUGAAAAUGACAAAUGCAUGAGGUGGAAAAUAGCUCUGAAACUUGCUUUUUGAACCGUGAUGGAAGAUGGGGAGCUCCAUCUCAAAUCCCAUCCCUGAUGUAUUGGGACCCAAACAGUCUUCUGGCCUCAUUUUACUGUAGGAUGGCUCUUGAAAUCUCAUCUGUAGUCAUCAACUUUCAGCCUCAGUAUGCGCAGUAUCAUGACUCACAGCUCAGUAAAGACACUGCUAACAGUGAACCAGUCUACUUUUUCCCAUAAAUAUCAACAUAACUACCAUUUGCUCGAUGUAUUAUGCUACAUUUGCACCAGUAAGCGAUGUGCAGUUAUUCUUUGAAAGUUCAUGAUGAUGCUAGUGUCCCCAUAUCUUGAUCAGAGGGUUGUAGGUUUGACCCCUAAUCCUGUUGUUGGUAUCCUGAUUUAUCCACUUCAGCCCAGACUGCCCUGAGGCUGUGUCAACCCUGUUUGUGAGGGAUUAGUUAGAACUGAUAUGUUAAUACUGGCACUUUGGUGCAUUAAUGUGGUGUUAGGUAUCAUUUCAGCACAGUCCUUUUACAUCAUUUACACUUACAUCAACACAGUGUCAAACAGUGCUCAUCUGGGAGUGGUAUAGUUUAUUAUAAUGAGUGAAAUAUCAUCAAUCCAAGGUCAAAACAUUGUGACAAAUGGCUGCUUUAAAAAAAGCCAGAAUGACUGUGAACAAACGAGCUCAUUACUGAGCUGAUCCAAAUGAUCUGCGUCAAUGACAAAGAGCUUGAAUUCUCACCACUACUAUACAGGGAGGUAUUUAUCCACAUGAAGUGAGAACAUUAACACCAUCCUGAAAUCUCUCCACCCAGCUCUGUGGGCAAAUGUUUUACUAUAUCUUCCAAAAGCGUGUCAGCUCCGGGCAGCUGUUUAUCUGCUGUUUGUUUUUAAGCCCCUGUAUUUAAGACAACUUUGGUUGCAGAGAUUUUCAAGCUCAAAUCAAACUGCACAAACUUACAGAAAAGAGCGUAAAGUCAGAAACCCAGAAAAAGUGAGGUUUUAUGUUGAUGGUAGCUAUAAUCUUGCGUUUGUGAAACCGUUUUAGUUCAAAUAGCAUAUUAACACUAAACUCAAUAUGGAUUUGUCUGGAUAUUAUUGGCAGUAAGUACAGUGUUGACGUGGUUAUUUUGUCAUAACAGAAAAAGACUCACAAAUGUAAUGACUAUUUGGCAUUUUUUUUAAUGGCUGUCCUCACAAGUAUAUAAGUAUAACUGUGUUUGUGGAUCACAUAGAUCUUUUUAGAGGAAAAUGGCCGCAGAUUACAAACCAGCAAACAGCUGCUGGAGACUUUAGACUAAUCUCUGUGUGUGUGUGUGUGUGUGUGUGUGUGUGUGUGUGUGUGUGUGUGUGUGUGUGUGUGUGUGUGUGUGUGUGUGUGUGUGUGUGUGUGUGUGUGUACAGUAGAGUAGUAGGUCAAACAUCAAAUCAGUCUACCUUAGAUGGUAGAAGUUUUUCUAGCCAAAAUUAAAAAGUAGGACAGCUCAUCGUCUCUCCCUCUCUUACUCUAACACUCUCCCUUUCUGUGUAUCUCUCCAUCUCCUUUUCUAUCCCUCCCCCCUCUCUCUCUCUCUUCAUCAUUCUCUCCUCUUCAUUUUCUCUCUCACUCUGUCAUUUCUGGCCGAGCUUUAGUCAGUGCGGCCUCAUGGACGUGACCCUGAUCCCCUGAAAGCUCCUCUAAUCUACAAACACACGAUAGGAAUCAUCAGAUGGUCGCAAAAACAGUCGGCGGUGAAACAGUCUUUCUGCGCUCAGAUUCUCAGGCUUAAAUAUAGCUGAAGGAAUGUUUGUGCUUUCCCAUCAUGCCCCUGGGUAACCAGAUGCUGGUUUGACCCCGACUGGCUGGUCGUGAUUUCUUUUAAUCUACAUAUUUGCCUCUGACCCUCAGCCUUUUUACUCAUCUCGUCAUCUUCCUCCUUUUUCUCCCUGCGUUUCCUGUCUCUCUCCAGCUGGACUUGACAAAAAAGGUAAUAAUAAAAUGCUAAAAAAAGAAAACAUGUCCCAACGAGAACUGCAGCCAAAAUCAGAAACUUUGAAUCUUACUGAUAGUCGGACAUUAUAUCUACAUAAAUCAACAGCACAAAGCUGCUAAGCCUUGACUAGCCUAAGUAGGAUUUAUUUAUCAUGAAUUUGGGUAAAAACACAUUUCAGAAAACAAAACACAGCUGACCUAGAUAUAAAAAAUGAAGACAGAUCCUGCACUACAGACAAAUGUUAAAAGGAACCCCCCACAUUACGAAAUAUCCUCAUUAUAUUCGCUUUGUCAAAUUUUAGAUGUGUGUCCUUAAAAACAUUUGUUAUAAAUGAACAAUGAAUGAUGUCUGUUGAGUUUUUAUCAAUAAUAUGAGUGCAGUUUCAGGGAGAAGGACAAUAACACCAACUCAAAAAGGUGUGAGGUUAGAGCAGUGGUUCUCAAGUUCAGUCCUUGAGCCCCCCCUGUCCUGCAUGUUUUGGAUGUUUCCCUGCUCCAACACACCUGAUUCAAAUGAUAAGCUCGUUAUUAAGCCAUUACAGAGCUUGAUAACGAGCUGAUUAUUUGAAUCAGGUGUGUUGGGGCAGAGAAACAUCCAAAACAUGCAGGACAGGGGGGGCUCGAGGACUGGAUUGAGAACCACUGGGUUAGAGUAUACAGUCGUAACAGCUGCUCACACCUGGCCGGAUCCUGCAUGUCCAAAUGUUUCUGCAGUCAUCAUUCAUGAUGGGGUCUCUCUUUAGCUUCAUAUACAAAUAGUCAACGAUCUCAGUUCACUCUAACUAGACUUGAAAAAAAAAAACUAUCAAUGAAGCACAGAGAAUAGGAAAACUGCGAUCGGUGUUCAAUCUGUGUCUUGUUUUGUUGAGCUCUACGAUGAGCCAAGUGUUACCUUGUAGCUUUGUGAUUCAUAAUUAAAUUAAAAGGAUUCCACUUUAUAUAAAAUGAAAAAACUGUGGUAGAAAUGCUCAAAUUUAUGAGGUAAAACUUGUCAUAUUAUUGUGGCUGAUAAACCACUGCAGGUUACAUUUUCCUGCUUGUGUAAUGAAAAUAUGUAAAGACAAUGAUAGCACUUGUAAAAAAUGAAAAAUAAGGCAAGGAAAAGUUCCUUUUGAUUGGCCAAGAGCAGAAUCAAGUUUAUGGUGAACAGCUACAGAGGGACUGGUGAAAGACGAAGAGAGAGAGAGGUAAAACAGACAGGCAGACAGAAACAACUGACAAAAAUACCUAUGGUUACUGGUAUAGUAUAAUAGUGACAGUCAGCACUAUUUUAAUUAUAAUAUAGGUUUUGCCUGUUAAUAAUAGCUGUAGCAGCUGGAGUCAAGCAGGUUUGUAGUUGGAAACAGUCCAGAAAACCAACACAGGGACCUACAAGAACAAAAGACUCUUAAAGAAAAUCUAAAGAAAGAAACACAAAUUAAUGAGACAUGUAGGUAUAGAGUUAGUAGCAUGCAAUAAUAGCAAAUGAAUGCAUAUGAGAGGGGGAGAUGAGGGGGUGAAAGAGAAGAGGAACUUAGUGUGUUAAGUCCACUGACAGUCUAAGCUUACAGCAACAUAACUUUGACCAAAGCUUGAGCCAACUUUCAGCUUUUUCAAAAGUACAAGUUUUUUUUGAACCCUCCUCUUAAUGUUCCUGACUGGUAAAAAGAUGCCCUACCUCCCUCACUACUUAUAGAGACUUUGGGUACAAUGAGCAGACCUGGGUUGGAUGGGUUGGAGGGCACUCUGGAUUCAUUGAGCAGCUUCUGUAGAGAAGCAAAUACUGAAGUGAUGUGAAAUAAAAUGUGACUCUUGUUGCAAUACAUGCUGCAGCAUUGUGGAGGGCAGCCUGUUCAAAGGAAAGUGCAGUAGCUUUACAUGGAAGUUACGGAGCCCCUAAAGGGACAUGGAUGGACUUUUUUUUUUUGCGAGAUCUCGCAAAAGUAUUGCGAGAGCUCGCAAUAAGUAUUGCGAGAUCUCGCAAAAGUAUUGCGAGCGCUCGCAAUAAGUAUUGCGAGAUCUCGCAAUACUUUUUUGCGAGAUCUCGCAAAGUUCUGUCCUACUUCGGUGAACCGGAAGUAAAACAGACACACAUGAUGGAGGAGCGUACACAUCAUAGACAUAAUAAAAGGGUAGACCCCGCUGGGGGUGCUGCGCAGCGAGAAAUGCGGCCGCCAUCUUGGUCAGGUCAAGCUUCCCAUACGCUCCGGUCAAUCAUAUUCAUUCAUUCAUUCAUUCAGCGAUGCCGGAGCACUGUGCGGCGUAUUCCUGUGCCAACAGGCGGACAGCAGAGAACAGGGCUCAAGGAAUAACUUUUCACAGUUAUGAUUACACGUUUUUUCAACAUUACACUUGACUGUAGAGUCAUUUGUAGGCCAAAGAGGAAGACAGUGGUGCAGAGUGAGGCGGAUGACCGGACCAAGAUGGCGGCCGCAUUUCUCGACAGCGCCCAUUCGUGGUAGCGGCCGAUGCGGGGUCUAUCUUUUAUUAUGUCUAUGGUACACAUCAUCCGUGCUCUGUUGCUCCUUCUUCUUCUUAUUAUUAUUAUUAUUUUAGGCUAUUUUAGGCGUGUUUUACUUCCGGUUCACUGAAUGGAGAAAAAACUUUUGCGAGAUCUCGCAAAAUGUAUUGCGAGAUCCCGCAAUACGUUUUGCGAGAUCUCGCAAAAAGUAUUGCGAGAUCUCGCAAUACUUUUGCGAGAUCUCGCAAAAAAAAAAAGUCCACCCAUGUCCCUUUAGGGGCUCCGUAGGAAGUAAAUAAUUGGUGGACUAGUCUUAUCAUUCUGAUACAAUUCGAUUUGCCUGAUUUGGGGAAAAAGUACACUUAACCAAUCAGAGCCUACAAAUAACUUUAUCUCCCUUUUCUAGAUCAAAAUACUUAUUUACAUCUGAGUAAAGUCACAGUACUUGCAUCCAGGUUUUUAAUCUGACUAAACUUGGUUUCAGUUAAGUCAUCUUGUUGGUUUAUCUGGCUUUCUUGAUAUGAAUAAUUGGGUGUCAUCUACGUAACAAUAAUAAGCUCUAGAGGGUUUUCAGAUAUUCUACUAUAGAGAAUAAAUGACUUCUUUAAAUAAAAAUCUUUCAUUUAACCAAAAGUCACAAGAGCCUACUUGACCCUUUAAAACUCUGUAUUUAAAGGGUCAUGUGUUUGGACUGCCUAUCUAUCACACUGAACUAAAACUUUCACCUGAUUAUUGAGCAUAGUUGAGUUUAACUUUGUUGAGUUCAAAUUUGUCUGUGUCUCCUUAGGAAGUUUUGGUUGAGCAAACAAGGAAGUCCAUCCAGUCGGAUCACCAGAGCCGUCUUCUCCAACGAGAGAUCCAUCGAUAAGGUGGAGGUGUCUGGCUUCAAGACUCGCUUCUAACAAACAAAUCAAACCUACACUGAAACCUCUCUUCUCCUUUCUUCACUACAACACUAAGAGCUGCAUAUAAUGUCCUAACUUGUGCAAGGACUUCAGAAAUGAUUUAAGUUUGGACUUUACAUCUAUGCUGUCAUCAAUUCAGCAAACAAAGACUGUGAGGCUUUGAGUUUAUGCAACAGUUGGGUUUCCUGUGUUCCUCUCCUCUGUGUGUUCUCUCUCUCUGCAGCGCUGGAGGCACGGCGGGAGGCGGGGCUGGCCCAGACUGAUUGCACGCACCUGAUUCUCGUGGUGGUCAAUUACCUGGCUUUAUAUGCCAGCUCCUGUCGACUUAGUGCCGGAUGAUUUCUCAGUCAUGCAACACGUGUCUUGCCACACCGAGCUCCCUGAUCUCCUGCCCGUGCAUCCAGCCUGCCUCUCAGUGUUCGUUUGUGAGUUCUUUUGUUACUUUCCAGAGAGUUUUUCCCUUGAGCAAAGGUGAUUUUGUGUUGGCGUUUUUUUCCUCUAGUUGAGAAGAUUUUUUGGUUUACUAUUUCUGUUGGACUUUGUCUUUCACAUCCUUAGUUGUUACUUGCCCCACGUGGCACUAUCAUUUGAACUUUGUUUUUCACCAGCUAUUUGCCUUGCUGCAGUGACUCUCUUUCUAACUCUGGUUUUGUGUUUUUUUUAGUGGCAGUCCGAGCUGACCGUGCCUUUUCCCGGAAACGGCGACUUUCUGUUCUUUGUUUAUUGUCAAUAAAUUUGGGCAUUUGCCUCUGCAUUUUUGGAUCCUGGCCUUUUGUUCGAUUCGUAACAAAAGACUUUUCAAUGACAGAUUGGAGACAGAGUUUGUCAUAGGGCAUUUAUUUUCUGACUGUUUUCAGGCAUCCACCUGUGCAGCAGAGAUGAAGCUAACACUUACAAUUAGUAGCUGUAACAGCUACUCUAUGUAUGAAAUAUGGGAUUACAACAUUUUUGUUACUACUCUAAUUAUUUACAUUAUGUGUGUGUGUGUGAAAUUGAGUUAUGAUCAUGAAAUAGGUAUGUUAAAAUAAAUAAUCAUAAUGUGAA